AUGAAUUGGUUUUCAAUAUUAUUUUUUCUCAUAUUCGUACAUGUUUAUGCUUGCCAAGAAAACGAAGCAAAAAUCAUUGAAGGUUCGGAAGCAUCAGCCGAUGCUUUUCCAUGGAUGGUUUCAGUACUUUUUGGUUUUGGAAAUAAUCUAAAUCAUUUAUGUGGUGGAGCAAUUUUAUCUGAUACUUUUGCAUUAACGGCCGCUAAUUGUGUUUCAAACGGUGUAUUUUUGCCUAUUUUCUUUUCAGUCAAAGCAGGUAUACAUAAUAUGUAUAAUGGAAGUGAAGACGUCGAACAACUUCGAACAAUAUCUCAAGUAAUUCUACAUCCGAAUUAUUUAGCUGCCAAUUUUCUAAAUAACAUUGCACUUGUACGUGUUUCACCACCAUUCAACAUUAAAACACUAAGUGUAUCAACUAUUUCAUUGUCAAAUUUAACAUCACUUCAAAAUAUGAAUUUAACAACAAUAGGAUGGGGUCUUGCAACGAAUCAGUCAAAUGUGUCCAUGGUAUCUACGUUUCUACAAGAAGUAACUAUACAAGAAAACGUUGAAUGUACCAACAAAACAAUUGAUCCGCAUACACAGCUUUGUGCACCUGGUGCUUGCCAGUAUGAUACUGGUGGUCCGUUGAUGAUUUAUUCAAACUUUAGUGAACAAUAUGAACUUGUUGGUAUUACAAGUUUUCGUAAUAUAUGCACUAGCGAAGGGUUAUUCACUCGAAUAGCACCUUUUAUCGAUUGGAUCUUGGCUACACUACAAAGCCCACAACCGACUGCGCCUACAUUUCCGACGUUCACAGUUCCAACUCCAAAACCAGAUGUACUUGGUCCUCCAAUUUCAUUUCAAUGUAAUACAAGUUAUCCAUGUGGUUGCUCACGAAUACCUGUUGUAUUUCAUGAUGAACCACCAUUUCCGUUUAAUCGCUAUCGAAUUCAAGGAAGAAUUGUUGGAGGUGAAAACGCCCAAGCGCAUAGUUGGCCUUGGAUGGUAUCAUUAAGAAGAUUUAAUGGACAUUUUUGUGGUGGUUCUCUUUUAAAUGAACGAUGGGUAUUAACAGCUGCUCAUUGUGUCGAUGGUGUUAAUGAUAUAACAAUUCAUAUUGGUGUACACAAUGAAACAUUACCGUCAAUACAACAAAGUAGUACAUCGAAAAUAAUUAUACAUCCAAAUUAUGAGCGACCUCCUAGAUAUGUUAAUGAUAUUGCACUUAUUCGCCUUUCAACACCAGUAGACUUUACGUUGCAUGCAAAUUAUGCUGGUCGUAUUUGUCUACCAUCGAAGACAUCAGGAGUACACUAUCCACAAGUUAAUUCACGUUUAGCAGUGAUUGGAUGGGGUAGAUUACUUUCUAAUGGUGGUCGACCUCAAGUAUUGCGCCAAGUUCGUGUGAAAACAAUAGCUGAUAAUGAUACCCGAUGUCUUGGUUCAAUUAAAAAUGAAGAACGACAGUUUUGUGCCAUGGUUGAUGGUGGUGGAAAGGAUUCUUGUCAGGGUGAUAGUGGCGGUCCAAUUCAUCAAUGGCUGAAUGACCAUUGGGAACAAGUUGGCAUUGUAAGUUUUGGAACUGGAUGUGCGCAAGCAGAAAAUCCUGGUGUAUACACUCGACUCUCUUUCUAUCAUGAUUGGAUUCAAUCAAGUAUUAAUGAAAAUAAUUUAACAGUAGCAAAUACAACAAUAGGGAACAUUGAUACAAUGACUAAUCCGUGCACUAACACAUCAACAACAAGCUUUACAACAACAGUUCGCACAAACACAAUGACUGUACCACAUGCUAACAUGUCGACAACAAGUGAUGGUGGAAGAGUGUCUACAUUGAAGACAAAUCUGCUGUUGAAUUCGAUUUUUUAUUCAUUGUUUCUUUGUGUGUUAUUCAGCUGA